AUGGUAAAACCACAAAAAAAUACACAAACAACCCCUUCCAAAAGUGAAAAAGUGGUUGAACAGCAAAUGGAAGAACAAGAAAAAAAUGGUGAAACUGAAGGAAAGGUUGAAAUCGAUGGCAAUACACUUAAAAAAAAUAAACAAUUUAAUCAAUUUGCUUCAACUGAUAGACAAAAAGAUGUAAAGAAAAAAGUUAAAUUAACUCCAGGCCAAAAAAAGAAAAAAUUAAAGGGUAUUGAAAAUGCCAUUAAUAGAAUUGAAAAGGACCAAGUAUUUAUAGAAAAGAAAUCAAAGAAAUUGGCCACCAAAAAGAAAUGGAAUAAUUUAUAUUAA